GAAGAUAGAGACACUCUCUCCAUCAUUCUCCACCUAUCUCCCGCUCCAGAGGAAUACGACCUAGAAAAUAGAAACUCUCAUUCGCUGUGUCGUACGUAGCCUCGCAGAAACAUGAUUUUGAUUCCUUCCACAUCGAUUGUUUCUAUUGACCAUGUGUAAAGCUUGAAACUUUACUGGAAAAUUCUACCACUUGGCUUGAUUUUCUUGGUGGGUUUGCUUCAGUUCUACUCGGAAGAUGCAUUGCAUCAGGAGCUCAAUCCUCCAGCAUUUGAGACUCAGAGUGCCGGUCAGAUCGGUUUUGCUUCUAGAGAAGGAGAAUGUUUUCAUUAGUAAAAUGAAUUUCACAACAGAACAUGAUGGAGGCCAAGAUCAGGUUUUGAGUAAGGUUAUUGAACUGGUCAAGAAGUACGACACAGCCAAUGCCUCUAAGGUUACUGAAACGGCUGACUUUAAGAAAGAUCUGUCGCUGGACAGUUUAGAUAGGGUGGAGAUUGUUAUGGCCAUUGAAGAGGAGUUCUCCGUUGAGAUCCCUGAUGAAAAAGCUGAUAAGCUUACUUGUUGUGCUGAUAUUGCAAGCUUCAUAGUCUCUGAAACUCAAUCCAAGGCGUCAGAGUCCUGAUUUUAUUUCUUGUCUUCAUUGUUCUGUUAGUCAAAGUCUAGAGACAUGUUUCUCUCAGCCCUUUUCAUUUCCAUUUCAUCUGAUCUAUUCAAGUGUGAUCAUGCAACUGUUGUGCCAGCCAAAAACUUGAGAAUCUUUACACAUAAUAUGAUGCAAACACCAUUUAUAAUUA